AUGGGGGAUAUUACUGCGUUGACGGCGCGACGCGGCCAAAUCAAGGCCGUCUUGACGCGAUUUCAAACUUACAUUAGAUCGGCCGAAUGUAACAUAACUCAAGUUGUACCACGGCGUAAAAAAGUGGAAGAGGCAUGGUAUAAUUUUGAAAGUGUACAGUCGGAGAUUGAGGUUUUAGAUCAUGCAAAUCACACAAAUCAUUCCGAAUACAGAGAAGACUUCGAAAAUUUGUAUUUUGAAAUUAUCGCACAAGCUGAGCAAAUGACGAACACCAAUAGACCGGAAAUAAACACGAAUGAACAAGGGGAAGCUUCCCCGCGAAUGUCAUCGCGUGUAGGUAGCAGCGGUCCCGCGUCAUCGACAAUUAAACUGGCCCCGCUAAACAUACCAGUUUUUAACGGAAAGUACGCGGACUGGACACCGUUUUACGAUAUGUUCAUGGCGUUUGUUCAUACAAAUGAUAAAAUAACGCCGAUACAAAAAUUUUUUCAUUUGCGUGCAUCUUUAAGUGACGAACCUGCGAGUUGCAUUAAAAAUCUUGAAACAACGGCAAACAACUACGAGUACGCUUGGAAAACGUUAAUAUCGAGAUAUAGAAACGAAAAAUUAUUAAUUCAGUCACACGUUAAAGGCAUAUGUGAGUUAAGUGACGUAAAAGAAAAUUCGUCAAGUAGUUUAAGACAAUUUUCUGACGCAUUACGGGGUCAUAUGUCCGCGCUAGAGGCGUUGAAACAACAGCCAAGUAACUGGGGCCCACUGUUGACGCAUAUUAUUUGCACUAAGUUGGACGCGAUCACUCUAAGUGAAUGGGAGAUGAAGUCGCCAAAAAAUGAAAUUUCUAAAGUGGAAGAUUUAGUAUUAUUUUUAGAUGCGCGUUCACAAGUUUUGGAAGCAAUUGAGUCGUCAAAGAACAUUUCUAAAAUCGUUGAUUUGGGCUAUGAAAACAAAAAUGAAAAUCGAAAAAAUAAGUUUGGUAAAAACAAUAACAUUACUACAUCGUUAGUAUCUACAUCGGAGAUAAAAUGUUAUGCAUGUGACUUGUCACAUACAAUCUACAAGUGCCCUUCAUUUUUAUCGUUAACAGUAGCCGAGCGUAUAAAAAGGGUUAAUGUACUAGGACUCUGCAAGGUAUGUUUGCGCAAACACGAAGUUAAACGCUGUCUUUCGCAAAAUAAUUGUUAUAAAUGUCAUAAAGCACAUAAUACGUUACUGCAUUUAAUUAUGCCACAAAAAUACAAUGCAAAGAAUUCGGAUGAGGCUUCAAAUAAACAAGCAGCAAAUACAUCGACAAGUGCGCAUGCGUCCAGCGUCGAUCACGAGAACGUACUAUUAUCAACGGCCGUCGUGCGAGCAAUAGGGAAGUGCACAAUAUCAGUCUUAUGUCGAUCCCUAUUGGAUUCGGGAUCACAAAGUAAUUUUAUAACUGAAGAAAUUGUUCAAGCCUUGAAAUUAAAAAAAAUUAAAACGAAUCAUCAAAUAAACGGUAUAGGUGCUAUUACGCAACACGCGCACUCAUACGUACACGCGCGUUUCGAGUCCCGUUUCAAUAAUUACAAUUUUUCGUUAAAAAUGCUAGUGGUUCCAAAAAUUACAGGCGACUUACCGGCAAAAAAUAUUACCGAUCUAUGUGGUAUGCCGGAAAAUAUCAAGCUAGCCGAUCCGUUAUUCCGCGUUCCUCAAAAAAUAGAUAUUUUAAUUGGUGCCACGCACUUUUAUGAUUUAUUAUGCGAGCGACAAAUAAAACUACAUCGUAACGGCCCGGUGUUUCAAGAAACCAAGUUGGGUUGGGUUGUAUCGGGGCCGGUGUCGAGCUUAGAACGUGAAACUGAAAUGACAAAUAGUACCGUUCAUCAUACUACAUCGACACACACGGAAUCAAUUUUGGAAAAUACAUUACCUUGUUUCUGGCGUAUGGAAGAAAUUAUAAUUGAUGCCCCAUUAACAGCAGAAGAAAAAAUAUGCAAAAAAUAUUUUGACGAUACUGUGUCGCGUGGUAAAGACGGACGUUUCAUUGUGCACCUGCCAUUUCGUAAUAACAUAUUAAAGGUAGGAAAUUCAUACGAUAUCGCCAAACGACGUUUUUUAUCUCUCGAGCGGCGACUCGAAAAUAAUACAGAACUAAAAAAUGAAUAUAUUAAAUUUAUGAAUGAGUACAAGGAAUUAGGACACAUGGAACAAGUAUUCGACGAUGAUUACACCAAUAACGUCAAUACAUGUUACUUGCCACAUCACGCGGUUAUGAAAGAGUCUAACACGUCGACGCGGUUGCGAGUAGUCUUCGACGCGUCAUGUAAGUCCGACAAUGGCGUAAGUUUAAAUGACAUGUUAUUAAAAGGACCAGUUCUCCAAGAUGAGUUACUAUUCAUUCUUACAAGAUUUCGCACGCAUAACUACGUGUUAUCAGCCGAUAUCGUAAAAAUGUACCGACAGUUUUGGGUAGCCGACAAACAUCGAAGUUUUCAGCGAAUACUAUGGCGGGAGGACCCAAGUGAACCGAUUAAAAUAUUCCAAUUAAACACUAUUACGUACGGAACAGUACCCGCAUCGUUUUUAGCUACCGGUUGCCUGAAUAAACUAGCGGAAACGGUACGUAACACACAACCUGAAGUUUACGCCGCGAUAACACACGAUUUUUAUAUGGACGACCUCUUGGGUGGUGCUGACACCUUAGAAGCAGCGAUACAACUACGUGACGGACUCAUUGAAGUUUUGGGAUCGGCGGGGUUGGAAUUACGAAAAUGGACGUCAAAUAAAAUUAAGUUAAUUUCUGACUUGUCGAUAGAUGUUAAUGAUGGUAAAAAUAUCGCCACACACGAAGCUAUUAAUAAUUCGAUAAUAAAAAUACUCGGAUUAUAUUGGAGCUCCAAUGCGGACACGUUACAAUUCAAAGUACACGAAGAACACCUCAAAGACAGUAAACAAAUUACGAAACGCGAAAUUCUGUCAAAGAUAGCGUGUUUGUUCGACCCACUUGGAUUGAUCGGACCAGCUAUUGUUCGUGCUAAAUUAAUUUUACAACGGCUAUGGCUGUUGAAAGUGCAAUGGGACGAACCACUUCCAAAUAGUAUUCAGGACGAAUGGAAAGAGUAUAGAACUUCGUUAAUGUCAUUAAAUGAAUUGGUUGUACCACGAAAAAUUAAGGGUGACGGUAACAUAAUUAAUAUUCAAAUUCAUGGUUUCGCCGAUGCAAGCAUUGAAGCUUAUGGGUGUUGCUUAUUUUUACGUAGCACAAAUUCAGAUGGCGUACACACGUCCAAGCUGAUAUGCGCAAAAUCAAAGGUCGCGCCACUCAAGGUCGUAUCGCUACCGCGAUUAGAACUAUGCGCCGCGGUACUACUGGCGAGACUAGCAAGUAGAGUUAUUCCAAAAAUACAACUAGACGUCAGCAAAAAAUAUUUUUGGUCUGAUUCGAAUAUAGUGUUAGCAUGGAUAGAUUCUCAGUCAACAAAAUGGCGUACAUUCGUUGCCCAUCGCGUGGGAGAGAUACAAGAAAAAACGUCGGUAGCUGAUUGGAAUCAUGUUGACACGAAAGACAAUCCAGCUGACAUUAUUUCUCGAGGUUGUUGUCCGUCCAAAUUAACCAAUACAUCGUUGUGGUGGUAUGGUCCUGAUUGGUUGGUAAACGAUGAAAAAAACUGGCCUAAAUCGAAUAAAAACGAAAAUAUUCUAAAUUUAGAAAUACCUGAAGCUCGGUCAGUGACCUUAGCUACGUUCGACGCAAGACCGCAAUAUCCGUCACUGAUAAACCGAUACUCGUCUUUAAAUAGAUUAUUGCGCGUCGUAGCGUAUUGUUUACGUUUUUGUUAUAACCUGUCGCAUAAAAAUUCAAAACUCGACGGUGUGUUAAGUAUCGAAGAAAUUAACAAAGCACGGAUAUCUAUAAUAAAAUGUAUUCAAAGGGAAGCUUUUGCGCGUGAAAUUCGAGAUUUGAUUAAUUUAAAUAAGGUAGCCGUAUCGAGUAAAUUAUUCCGACUAUGUCCGUUUUUAGACGAAAAUAAUAUUGUACGUGUAGGAGGACGAUUGAAAAAUGCCUCUACGUUAGACGUCGAUCAGCGCCAUCCAAUCGCAUUGCCGGCGGAUUGUCACUUUACACGGUUAUUAUUUGAGUAUGAGCAUAAGCGAUGCAUGCAUGGAGGUCCACAGGCGACACUAUGCUCGAUACGCAUACGAUAUUGGCCGAUAAAUGGUCGAAAUAUAGCCAGAAGUGUAGUGCAUGAAUGUGUAACGUGUUUCCGUUAUAAACCAAUAGUCGUGCAGCCGAUUUUGGGCAAUCUACCCGCGGAACGAGUAGAACCGACGCGCGCUUUUUCAAGUUGCGGUAUUGAUUUUGCCGGCCCUUUUAUGAUCAAGACAAGUGUGCGGCGUAAUGCCCCUUUAGUAAAAGCGUAUGUAUGUAUUUUUGUUUGUUUUUCAACAAAAGCAGUACACAUGGAAUUAGUCGGAGAUCUGAGCACACCAGCAUUUAUUAACGCAUUAAAUCGUUUUUUUGACCGACGAGGAAGAAGUAUUACUAUUUAUACCGACAACGCGACUAACUUUGUUGGAGCAAAUCGCAAAAUGAAGGAAUGGAGCGAUCUAUUUCAUUCGGAACAAAAUAAAAAAAAGGUACAUGACGCGUUAACAGACUUCGGCGUUCAAUGGCGUUUUAUUCCCCCGCGAUCACCGCACUUCGGUGGGUUAUGGGAAGCCGCGGUCAAGUCCAUGAAGCAGUUAUUACAGAAGACUGUAGGUAACGCUCACUUGCGUUUUGAAGAGCUUAGUACUGUGCUUACGCGUGCCGAAGCUUGCCUAAAUUCCCGACCUAUUACUCCUAUGUCAUCCGACCCAAACGACACGUCCUUUUUGACCCCAGGUCAUUUCCUUAUAGGCGACUCACUUUUAUCGAUACCGGAACCCGACUUGUCAAAUAUACCGACAAGCCAUUUGUCGAGAUGGCGUCGCGUGACUCAAUAUUCACGAACUAUCUGGCAGAAAUGGAGUCGUGAGUAUUUGAAUCAGCUACAAGAGAGAAAGAGGUGGGCCGGUGCCAAGGGACCUAAACUGGAAGUGGGUACCGUGGUAAUAAUGCGAGAAGAUAACCUCCCUCCAUUAAGAUGGCGUUUAGCGCGAGUUACAAAGGUUAUUGCUGGUGAUGAUGGUGAGGUGCGGGUCGCUGAAGUCCAAACUACGACGGGACAGUUCACGCGGGCAGUUCGACAAUUGUGUCCAUUGCCGUUUAAAGAAAACGGCACUGAGUAG